AUGCUCGCUUGGUUAAUCUUCUCUUUAGGUCUUUCUACUCCAUUUUUACUCAACCCAGACACAUCGGGGACCUUUGGUAUCCUUCCCAGUAUCAACUACAAAACACUCUCUGAAUAUUCCAUUCUAAAAGAACUUGACUCCUGGUACACAAAACAUCGAGACCCGUUACCAGAGUUCCCGGGGGGAUGGUUUGAGCCACUCUCGGGUCCAGUGCAACGCCAGUGCCUCACCAAGUCGAAGUUGGACUUUGUUAUUAAGGAAAUACAGUACAUCAAGACAAGCUAUGCGGCCAGUGAGUGCUGUGUAAAUAAGCGGUUUCCGAAGCAAAGCAUGAUAUCGAGCGUGGGGGUGACUCCUUACCCCAAUAUUCACGAGAUGAUAAACUUAAAGUCGGAUCCCCUUUUGGUGCAGCUCGAGCGGAAUAUUAUCAACUCGGUCUACCGACACCAGAAGGGCUCUUUGAUGGCCGAUUCUGAAGUCACGGGCGUGAAAUCAGAUUGUAAGGAUACCAUGACGUUCUACAACUUUCUGAACUUGGAUUACGGGCUACGAUGCACAGUAGACUACUUUGAUAUCAUGCAAGUAUUGUUGAAGCAAACCGGGCUAAAGGUUAUAAUGGAACGAAAGUUUUACAUUGAUGAGAACUGUGGGCUAGGAGUGAAUAACCUGGAGGCAGUAGAGAUAAUAGAGAUGACCAUUCCAAUCGAAGGGGAAUUGGUGUGCCAUAAAGGAAGGAGCAAGACAUGUAAACGGGAUGACGCAGUAUCCGUCUGAGCAUAUGGGAAAGCAAGUUUUGCUGAAAC